ACUAUUUUAUCAACCUGAAAACGUUAAAAAUGUCAGAGGACGAAGAUUACAUGUCCGAGAGUUUCUUGCAAAAUCUCGAAGACAAAAGACCCGGGCUUGUGUUUUCUUCAAAGACGUCACGAGCUCACAGACAGGAAAAGAAGAAAAGGGAGAAAGAUGACCAAAAUCGAGCCAAACCCAAGAAAGUUUUAGAGACAGAAAAACGAGAAGAGGGUUUAAACUCGGCCAUUCCCAGUGAUAACAAGGGCUUUGCCUUACUUUCAAAAAUGGGAUACAAACCGGGUAUGGCAAUUGGAAAGAAAGGAGAAGGACGCUCUGAACCGGUUCCUAUUGAGUUAAAGGCGGGAAGAGGUGGACUUGGCAGAGAUAAUGAAGUCAAAAGGAAAUUAGAAGACUUUAGGGUGAAGUCGGCAAUAGCACAAGAAAAAAGGCAAAAAGUCAUGUCAGAAGCAAAACAAAACUUUGUUGGUCGAAUGAGUAAUAAGUUUUCAGAACAAAGAGCAAAAAGUGAUCUGUAUAAAAGUCAGAAAGUGUGUGCUGAUCUUGAUGUAAGAAUUAAUUUAACGGAACCCGAGAGACACUUCUUUUGGCCGGAUUCUUACAAAAAACAAGAUGAAAGUGAUGAAGAGUCAAUUGAAUAUGAAGAAACUGAGGAAGAUUUACUCUUGAGUAGUGUAGAACAAUUAGAAAUUUUAACAAAUUAUCUAAGAACAAGACAUUUGUAUUGCGUUUGGUGUGGGACUGCUUAUGAAGAUACCCAAGACCUUGAAACCAAUUGUCCUGGUAACACAGCAGAUCUUCAUGAUGAUUAAAUGAACAGUCUCUGUACAAAUGUUUUUAUUAACGUACAUUUAACUAAAUUAUAUUGACUUUAUAAGUAAAAAAUAGAAAAUAACUUUUUCAUAUUAUUUUGUAUCAUGCAUUGCAACCAUCAUGAUCCUUUACCAAAAUGACUUGACUUGCACACAUUUUUAUCAUACAUAUACAUGUAAUUUGCCUUAGGCCUUACAUGAAAAAAAAAAUCCAGAAUCAUGCCACAUGCGUAAAUGUGCAAUAUUGUAAUUUCAAAGUGCAUUUUCAUAUUUUUUUGAAAACAAAAUUAUGUCUUUGGUACAUCUUUCUUUCUUUUUUAAAUCAAGUUUUAUAUUAAAAAAAAAACUUUUUUAUUAUUCCACUUCUUCCAUAUUGAAAUGUCUGACUGGUAUUUGCUGAUAUGUUGACCUUGGUGAGAUCAAAUUCUCCAGAGGAACUAAAUCUGUAAUAUCUUGAUAUAUACAGGAUGAGAAUCUCUCUGCUCUUCCAUUAAUAAAGAGGUCAGAAAAAUCCAAAGUUGUAUGGUAAAAAACGCUUGAUUCCCUUAUAUUGUUGAGUUCGGUGUUACGUGGCAGUGUGAAGAUAUAAGAAUGCCGUCUUUGAUGCUUAAAUCUGAAAGAAAAAAAUUCAUUUUCGGUGCAAAUGGCUGACUUAAGAACAAUAGUUAUUAGUUUUUCUGCUUAGAUCGAUCCCAAUAACUAAAUUACAUUUUGAAACAGUUUUCAAAUUGCUGUCUCUUAUGUGUGUUGGUUGGAAUUAAGACACUUUUUCAAUUAGUAUGUGGUUUGACAGGUGGUUGAAUAAAGAAGUAGAUAUUAUUCAAAUGAGCAGCAAAUGCAAUUUAUGUUUUAGGUGAAUCAACACAAAAAUAUAUAAAGGUACAUUAAGAAUAUUCAGUAGAGUGUUGUUAUAAUGUGCUACUAAAGAUAACCUUAAUUUUUAUACCCCUGCAAACAAAGUUUAGUAGGGGUAUAUUGGAAUCAGCAUGUCCGUCUGUCUGUAGACGAGAUUUUGUCCGGACCAUUUCUUGGAAACAGUUGCAAGGAUUUGUCUGAAAUUUGUACACUUAUGAAGGUGUGCACCUGGUAUUUUCAUCAUGAUUGGAUAAUUUUAUUUACAUUUUGCAGGUGUUUUUUUUUUUCAUUUUUAUUGUGUGGUUUUGUCAGGAUUUUUUCCCAGAGACUAUUGCAUAGAUUUGUAUGAAAAUUUGUACACUUAUUAUUUACCAUAUGAAAAUGUGCAUUUUCAACAUUAUUUGAUAAUUUUUCUUCAUUUUACAGGUGAUUUUUUUUAAAAUAUAUAUAUAUUUUUAUUGAUUUAGUCAUUUCGGAUUCAUGUCUAAGGUUUGAGACAUAGAAUCUAGAACAUCUGUACAAAAAUGUGAACUACAGCUUAAAACUACUCAUUAGAACUAAAAAAUCACAAAGUAUUAAAAACAGUUUUUACAUGUGUAAAUCCAUUUGUCCCUUGGGAGUAAUGAGUGGACAUGCAUCCAGUUAAAGAUUAAUUAAUAAGUUCAGUGUGUGAAGCUGUUGGGGCAUCUCUGAUCAAGCAGGUCUUAUCUAUAUCUCCUGGGAAUUGGGCAGAAAGAAAUAAAGAUCUUUGUUGUCUAAGUCUCUUAAUUGUAAUUUAUGUCUGUCAAAAUACAUAGUUACUGGAACCACCCUUUUAUUUUUAAAAUGAGUUUGAUAUAAAGGUAUUAAGAUCAAUUUGAUUUUGUAUAUGUAAUUAAUUAUGAGAUUUUUUUUUCAACAAUCAAUUUGCAGAGUGUCAUGUCUCACAAAGAUGACAGAUAGUUGCAAACUAUUUUUUCAAUGUAAUUAUUAGUAUUGAUGUUUUAUUAGGCUGCACCUUAGUUUCAUUCAUUAAAAAAUAUAAUGAGUAAUUAAAUUUUCACUCUAAAUGUUUAAGCAAAUUGUGAACACCUCUCACAUCUAGAAAACAUUAGUGAUUUGGUACCUUCUCUGAAAAAACCCAGUGGGGGGUAUUUGUCCCUUUUGGACAGUUCUAGUUUUUCUUACAUCUAAUUCCAUACAUGUAUAUUUCAUUAAUUUCUUUUUUUCCAUGCGGUGAAAGAAUGAUAUGAUUUUUAGAGCAGAUAUGUUGUUCAAUUGUGCAUGCCAUAAAAAUAUUGCUGUGCACAGAUAUUGUAAAAGUCUGUUUUUAGUAGCUGUAUUUUAAUUCAUUAAACUGAAAUAUAAGUU